UCGGUGUAUAGGACUGGCCGGAUUUCCCUAUCUCGUCUCUCUCUCUCCCGUGCGAAGCUAGGGUUUCCCCGCGCCGCCGCCGCCGCUUCCUCACAUCUACGCCCCCAUACAUCUUUCCAGCAGAUCGACGCUGCCGGACCAGUCCACCCCGUCUCUCCGACGCCCAGUUUGGCCUCGGCCCCGGUCUCGCCGCUGUCCAGAUCGCAUCCGAGCAGGGCAACCUUGGCCUCCAGCUCACUGCCGACUGAUUCCGCCGGAUAAGCUUGGGAAACAUAGCGUUCGACUGAGAUGCUGCAGGAGCAGCCCGUCCAGUAUGGUCCACUGGGCGAUGAUGGAGAUGGAAUAAACAGGGCAUGGCCGGUGGAGAAGAGGCGCCGCAAGUGCUCCCCCCCAUCAUCAUCCAAUGCUCCUGCCGCCCAGGAUAAUCAAGACCCGAUUUCUCCUGCGACAGACAUGGAGGGCAUCAUCAAAGAUAACCAUCUGCCGCUGGACACUUCAGACCCGGAGCAACAAGAAAACGAACAAGAGAUUUGGGGGCCGGAUGUAGAAAUCAGCCCGGAGGAUGCCGCCAACUACACCAAAUGUCUAGCCCCUGACAUUCCUCCUAUCUACAAACGCUCUAGUAUGACAACUGAGGAAGAGGAAGAUUUAAAUUUGCGUCUUGCACGUUAUCGGAUCGCUUAUUACAAGAAUGUUGCGGAGCCAGAGUUGGCACGUAAGCUUAAGGAUCCAGAAGAUUACUCUGUGGAGGAACUUCAGGAAAACCGGUACUUUUUACAUUUCGAUACCCAUCCAAGUUUUGAGGGGUGCUUCCAUCCUGUCGAUACCUGGGUUGCCGAAUUGAAUGACUACCAACGGCUUCUCGUUUUUAAUGGUUCUCGUGAUUGUUCUGACAGUCUAUACAUCUAUUGGGAGGACUACCACGCAUAUUAUCAUACAUAUGAAGUUGAUGAUGCUUAUGUCAAGUUUUAUGGAGAACUAUCGAGCAAAAUCAAGUGGAUUAAAGAGCAUGUGGAUCUGGAUGAAAAUUCUGAGAAGUGGGAAGAGGUGGGUACUAGAGCAGGGAGGCAAGCAUUGAGGAUUGCAUCACGCUUUGCCAAUCUGAGUGCUAGUUUAGUUCGCAUGGCAUUCUAUGAGUACAUAUCCGAGCUGCGUGAGGAUAAGGUCGUCGAGGACUGGUCUCUUUUCUAUUUUGAGGUUUGGAAGCUUAAUGCUUUAAAGAAGGUUAGCCAUGGAAGUUUGAGAGAUGCCGUGAAGGAAGCAUAUGAAAUGGACAAAUUUGGUUUUGAAUGUGAGAGAAUGGAUGCUGAAAGUAACGCAACGUCCAUUUCUUUCUUUGAACAGAAGUUUAAAUUCCUUGCAAGUGAGGGUGGCAUUACAGAGAAUACAAAAGAGGGUGAAGUUUUGGAUUUGUUCAGAAAAAUAGUUAUCAAGAAGCUUAAGCCAAAGAAUAUGGCGAUGUACGCUCAAAAGAAGCUGGAGAUUGCAAAGCUGAUGAAGUUGAUCCCGAGACCACUCGCCUCCUCCGCGCCGCCGCUCGCCUCCUCAGCGCACGACCCUCCUCCUCCGCGCACCAUCCACCUCUCUUCCGCGCCGCCCCCCGCCUCCUCCUCCGCGUCCGCAGAUGUAUAUGGAGGAGCUACCUGCCCUAGGUCCUCGUCCGCAGCAGCUGAUGGAUAUGGAGGAGCUACCUUUCCCGUGUCCUCCACCUCGACUGUGGCCGCUCCAGCAGGCCCGCGCAGCGACGGGAGCAAGUCCGUGCUCGACGGUGAGGAAACUCUCCUCUUCGCUCUCUUGUUCCCCUCCCCUCCACCAUGCACGACUAAAAUCGGUUCUUGUGAGCAAGCCGCCAGUAGUAGAUUCAUGAGUGGUUCUAGAUGUACUGCAAAUGACUUGGUUCAGAUUUGUUUUGAGUAGAAUUGUUUGCUAAUCCGGGGCAAUUCGAUGGGUAUGGAAAAGAAUUGAUGAAAGCUGCCUGGCAUAUUUUGUCAUUUGUGAUAGGUUUCUACUGCCUGGCAUAUUUUGUCAUUUAUGUUCUGGAACUUAUGAAAGCUGCAGGUACCUAAUAUCCUGAUGGUUGCCAGUUUGGAACAUAGGUUGCUGUUAUUUGUCUCUAUUCAGGUUUCUGGAUUGCCAAUUUGUAAUUUUUGCUGUAGGCUACAUGUUGUUGAGCCUAGGAGAAGAAAAUAAUAUCCAUGAUCGGUGCAGCAAGAAUUUUGUUCAAGCUGGUCAUAUGUUGAAGAACAAAGUAGAAGAGAGAGGUCGUUGGUAUUUUAGUUGUUAGAACUGAGCAGAAAAAAGGACUGAAUAAUUUACUGUUCAGCAAAUUUUUAGCAUCAAAUUGUAUCAAGUUCAGUGACUUGUAUGUUUGGUAAGCUGAGUUUAGCAGCAAAUUUUUAGCAUCAAUUUUUUCGUAAGGUUUCUAUA